AACAACAACUGAUGUAUCUUCCUUUACUGAAACACAGACUACAGUCACUCCUUCUCCUGGAACAACAAGUGAUGUUACUUCCUCCCCUGAAACACAGACAACAGUCACUCCUUCUCCUGGAACAACAACUGAUGUAUCUUCCUCUCCUGAAACACAGACAACAGUCACUCCUUUUCCUGGAACAACCAGUGAUGUUACUUCCUCUCCUGAAACACAGACAACAGUCACUACUUUUCCUGGAACAACAACUGAUGUAUCUUCCUCUACUGAAACACAGACUACAGUCACUCUUUCUCCUGGCACAACCAGUGAUGUUACUUCCUCUCCUGACACACAGACUACCCUCAGUGCUUCUCCUCACACAACCCUGUACCCCAGUCACACCACUACUCAUGUCACAUUCAGUACUGUCAGACCAACUACAGAGGAGCCAACUACCCCAGGAAAGCCUGAAGAACAUACAACUCCAAAUGUCUGUAACAAUGGUGGCACAUAUGUAAACAAUAUGUGCGUCUGUCAUCCGAAUUUCGAGGGCAAGUUUUGUGAUGUUCUAGCAGGAACUGUUUCUGUCGAUACCUAUGAAAGGACAGCAAACGUGACAGUGAAGAUAGACCAAAACUACACACAGGAACUGAGCAACCCAUCGUCAUUAGAAUACAGUACAUUUGUAAACAACUUCACGAAGCAGAUGGACAACGUUUACAAGAAUAUUAGGACUUACAAAGGGGUGGAGAUUCUGAAAAUCAGCAAGGGCAGCAUUGUUGUGGACUACGAAGUCAUCCUAGAGAUAAAGAACGGAAACGAUGCAGACGAGGUGUACCAGGAAGCGCUCGCUGAAGUGGAAACGGCUCUGGAAAAGGCGAAGAAUUGCACAGGACAAGUUAACUGCCUUACUUUUACUAUCAAGAAUUAUACAGUCAGCAACAGCACGUUGAACGAAAAUGCUGUGUGUGCCAAGGUGAUCCCAGAGGGUUUCAACACCUACUACACCGCUUACACAAUAGAUUCGAAAAUAGUCUGCAUUUCCCAGUGUGACUCCAGACACAACGAGAGAAAAUCCUGCAACCUGGGCACUUGUCAGGUCACCAGAGCCGGACCCACCUGCUUCUGUUUGCACACGAGCUCAGAGUGGUACAUGGGCAGUGACUGUAGCCUUCCUGUCAGCAAGGCUGGAUUCUACGCGGGAGUGGGCAUCCUGGCUGUGGUCAUAGUGGUCACUGUCAUCACCUUGUCCACAUUCCUCGUCCUGGGCAAGAAGAAAGAAAUCAGGAACCAGGACAGGAAGAACAGUAUGGUGAACCAGUGGCUGGAUGAUGACUUUGAGUGGCCGCCGCUUAACAGGACAGACAAACCAGCAGCUGAAAGCUACAGUGCACUGUACGGAAAGUCCCAGGACCUGCCCUACAAUGCCCAGAGUUCCACAAUCUUCAGAAACCCCAGUUCUUACUUUGCGGAUUCUAGCGUACCAAGAUACCCCUGCCCACCCUACAGCAGAGAGGAAAGACGCCCUAUGCAACAGAACAUCCAGCUCAACAACCUCAGUCCCCCCGUCUCGGUGAGAAUCGGUUGGCCCCACAUCCGGACCUCUUUCGAGAGCUAGUCGUUUCUCCCCCUUUCCCCUGUGAGGCUCCCUGUCUGAGCUGAGGGACACAGGCUGCACACACAUCUAGCACAAGACCGGGAAGAACAUGCAUACUAACCCCCAAUGAACCCAUGGUACUCAUGGUUGGCCAACGUGGCAGUUCAGCUCUGGCAGCUCUGCAACACAGGACAGUGAAUAAUGAAGGUUACUGUCCUUGGCAAAGGGUGUACGAGACCGUACUUUACUGCACCAGACUGCGCUACCCCUCAGGCCUCACUUUAAGAGUGCAUUUAAAAGAAUCUCUCCAAUGUAUUUAUACGCUUUACAAUAGAACAUUGAUGCUAAGAUAUAUAACCUGUAAUAAUUUAUGUAUUUACGAUGUGCAAUAAACAAUUUUUUUCAAGCUGC